AUGGCAAACGGUCUUCUCGUCGGCUUCAUCGUCGUCGCCGUGAUCUCCGGCGCGGCCUGGUUCUUCUCACCAAAGGGCGAAAACCAAACGUCCGUCUCCACCAUCCUCCUCCUCCCUCCUCCUCCGGAAGCUAAUCUGUUCACUAGUGUCUGGCGGAGCUCCUUGAUCUUGACCUUUGUCGCCUGCUACCUCAUGUGGUCUAUAACGUUGCUUGCGCAGCUCUACCCCCUUAUUGCACCCCGAAGGUCGGAUCUGAGACUGGAGGAGGACUCGAACGCUAUUCGGUUCGCCUUGUAG